AUGUAUGUUAAGCUGGAGACAUCUAGACUAGAUUAUUUCCAUCAUAAGCAAAAAGAGAUUCGAGUUGAAUUAUAUCAAGGAAUCAUUGACAGUAUUGAGGAUGGUGAAAAUCGAGGAUGUAAAGUUGGUCGUAGGAUUAUUCUACCUUCAUCGUUUAUUGGAGGACCUAGAGACAUGAGAAAAAGAUAUAUGGAUGCAAUGACAUUAGUUCAACGAUUUGGAAAACCAGAUAUAUUCCUCACAAUGACAUGUAAUCCUAAUUGGUAUGAAAUCAAGCAAGAAUUAGGCCCUAAUGAUGAGGUUCAAAAUCGACCAGACUUAGUUGUUCGUAUAUUUAGGGCAAAGUUAGAGGAGUUAAAAAAGGAUUUAUUUAUUAGACAAAUUUUUGGAGGAGUAGCAGCAUAUGUCUAUGUCAUUGAAUUCCAGAAAAGAGGACUUUUGCAUGCACAUUUAUUGAUAAUUUUAAAACCCAACUCAAAAAUUUAUGGACCUGAAAACUUCGACAAAAUUGUGUCAGCAGAAAUACCACAUGAAACCCAUAACUCUCAUUUAUAUACAAUGGUAGUCAAACAUAUGAUACAUGGUCCUUGUGGUUCUAUAAACCCAAAGAAUGUUUGCAUGAAGAAAGAAGGAAAAUGUAGAAAUCGCUAUCCUAAAUCUUUCUGCUCCAUCACAACACAAGCACAAAAUGCAUAUCCUAGAUAUAAACGAUGCGAUGAUGGUAAACACAUUCAAGUAAGAGGCACUACUUUAGAUAAUCGUUGGGUUGUUCCAUGCAAUCCAUUUUCACUUGCAAAAUUUGACUGCCAUAUAAAUGUAGAAAUAUGUUCUACUAUAAAAGCUGUGAAAUACUUGUAUAAGUAUAUUUACAAGGGACAUGAUCAUGUGGCUUUUAAUAUUACAUCUUCAAAUGAUGAGAGUAUGAUUAAUGAAAUUGAUCAUUUCCAAUCAGCAAGAUGGAUUUUGUCUCCAGAAGCUACGUGGAGAAUAUAUGGUUUCACAUUAAAUGAAAUUUACCCAGCUAUUUAUUCACUUCAAUUACAUCUCGAAGACAAACAACUCGUUACAUUUAACACAUCAACAAAACUUUCACAUAUAGUACAAUCUGAUGUGUUCUCACGAUCUAUGCUAACUGAAUUCUUCAGAUUGAACAGCUACAAUGAAGCCACACGAACACUUUUGUAUAAAGAGUUCCCUGAAAAUUUUGUUUGGAAUCAACAACAAAAAAUUUGGACACCACGAAAGAAAGGAGUUGUCAUUGGAAGAGUAGUGUCUGCAUAUCCAACUGAAGGUGAACGAUAUUAUUUAAGAUUAUUGUUAAAUCAUAUAAGAGGAGCAAGUUCUUUUGAUGAUCUCAAAACUUUCAACAACAUUCGAGUUACAACAUUUCGCGAGUUAGCUAUGUUACAUGGAUUAUUGGAGUCGGAUAAUGCCAUAGAACAAUGCUUAGAAGAAGCUAGCAUUAACCAAAUGCCUUGUACUCUACGAUGA